AAACUACUGUGCGGAAUUUCCUCUGUUCAGCUUCACAUAGGGAACUGGAUAUCAUGGCCGAGAUGUGUCUUCGUUGUUCUGUAACCUUUCUCAUUGACAUUGUAAGGUUACGACAGUAUUCAUCUUUACCGUGUCUAUUGUAAGCGGCGUGGGACAUUUUUAUCUGGUCCAGUCCAAUCUUUCCAGUCAGGUUGGAUUAAUCUGAACAUUACCCCAUUGUCAGCCGUAACAGAGACGGCCUUCUGCAACAAUGUCCAGGUCAGGAGAUAUACCAGCCCUGGAGUCUGGGACCUCAGAGGAGCUCCUGGGAGGCAUGUCCCUACCCAUUGGCAUGACCCGCCGUGCCAUGAACUAUGAUGACAACAUGGAGGCGCCUAUGUCGCCGCCUCCCUCUGACAUCAACAUCAACAACCUGUGGGCAAGGAAGCCCGUCAUCCCAGCCAGGAGGUUCCGUCAUCAGGCUGAGGAGGAUGAAUCUGGAAAUGCCCUGACCCACGCUGCCACUUUUGACCCUGGCCACAGGCGACAUAUGCCAGUCGUGGUGAAGGCCAAAGCCUCCUCCAUCAUCAUCAACUCUCUGAUGACCAAGCAAACCCAGGACAGCAUGUACAGGUUUGAGCAGCAGGCUGGGCUGAGAGACACUGGCUACACGCCCCAUAAGGGCCUCACUGCUGAGGAGACCCGCCACCACCACCGCAUGCCUGACUCAUUCCAUAAAAUGAACGUUCAAAGUGUGGACAUGGGAGCAGGACAUAAGGAAGGACAUGAGGACAAGCAAACAUCAUCUGCUCAGUCCACCCCAAAUAGCACUCCUCAGAGCUCACCUAAACAGAACCGCAGGGGCUGGUUGACCAGCCAGAGCUCGACGGCGUCUGUCAGUAGCUCAGACCUCAGUACCAGCUCUAACACCAGUGUGGACAUGGGUGCUUGUGAGGGGGGAGGAGCAGUCGAACGCUGGGGUAUCUUUGGACCACGUCCAGUUGUUCAGAAAUCCACUACCGACCCAGGGGGUUUUGCUCUCCAGUCGUACCGCGGGGCCCAGAAGCCAACCCCCAUGGAGGUGAUGAAGGCCCAGGCCACUCGGCUGGCUCAUGACCCUGCUGUUAACCAACAGGCCCCUCCCAAGAUGGAGAUCCCCACCACGGAGGGCAGUAGACCAUCAGCACGGCCGCACAAACUCAAACCUCGAGACAUUAAUAUCCUCACACCCUCAGGUUUCUGAGAUGUACCAUGUUGUCACUUACUCUUUCAUGUUGUAGCUGGUCUACCCUCUAGUCCAGGGCUCUCCAACCCUGUUCCUGGAGAGCUACGUUCCUGUAGGUUUUCACUCCAACCCUAGUUGUAUC